AUGGCAGCAGCAGCAACUACCGGCAUUCAUCAGAGAGCAAGGACGGCCGAAUUAAGGAUCGGAGCUCUUAUUUCUGUCACUUCGAUAUCUGAUAUGCGCUAUGAAGGAUUUUUAGAUGAAAUUAACCCUCAUAGCCUUGGUCUUCAAUAUGUGAAAUUCUUUGGGUCGGAAGGACGCUUGAAAUAUGGCCCUCAGAUUCCUGGACGGGACCGAAUCUACGAUUAUAUAUACUUACGCGGAAGCAACAUAAAGGAUCUGCAGGUUAUAUCUUCUCCUUCACCUUCAACUACAUCUGCUGUACCUGACGAUCCUGCGAUACUACGGCCUCGUUUUGGUCACCCCACUCCUACAACUAUUGCCUUAACAUCUCAUGGUGCUGCACAAGUAGCAAAUGUUACUACCUGUGCACAGCCCAUCCUCCCUGUUACAUCAUUCCAGUUGAAUCAGCCCCGUCCCCGUGACCUAUCAGCAUCAAGUUCAAGCUUUGGGGGCUCAUUUCUUCCUCCUCCACCUGCAAAUAUCAGUAGGCUUGCUGUGCCUAGUUAUUGGCCAGGAUUAGUUGGGUCCUCAGGAGGAGUUUCUUAUUUUCAACACCAAUUUCCUCCGCCUCCACCGAGUUUGAUGGCAUCACAGGCCCCAGUUCAACAGCAAGCGCAACACCAGAAUGUCAAUACCUCUGUAGUUGGUGGAUCCCGUUAUUAUGAACACCAUCAUCCCUUGUUGCUGGGUCAUAGUACUGGUUCCCCAACUACGCUUCCUUCCUUGCUAUCUGGCCGACAAGUGACAUUUUCUUUGCCAGAAGUAGAACAGUUAGGAGCGAGGCAGUCCUCUCCAUCUCAGUCACUGCAGACCGCAAACAUAGAAGAAAAGACUGCUAUAGCACCGGUAAUGGAGCCUCUUCCAUCAAAUAGCAGUGAAGAAACCUCGGAGUCACUGAUGAAACCCACAACUGAAACUGGAUCUACAUCAUCUCCUCAUGAUAAAAAUCAGUCUGCUCGGGGAAGAGAUCAGAAUGCCGGUGUCAUAAGAAGAUUUGAAGUGGACUUUGAUUUCGAGAGAAUGAACAAAAAGUUCAACAAGAAAGAAGUUUGGGACAUCUUCAGCAACGGUGAUGCCAGAGACGUACACCAUAGGAAGCCUGUUUACCAUAAGGACGAGUUCUUUGACUGUCUUUCUUAUGGUCUACCAGAGCAUGAAUCCAGAGUGAUGCUCUCUGAACAAAUGAGAAUAGACAACGAGACCUUUGGAGUAGAGAUCCCAAUAGUCCAUCUGGAUCAUGAGAAUGGACCACACUCGUCUAGGACAUCUCAAGCCUCACUGGGUGGCAGAGGACAUGGCAAUGUGCGUGGUCCUGUAAAACAGGUGUGGAGGCGUGUCUCAAAAUGA